AGAUUAUUUCACUUCUAAUUAUUAGAUUUAAAGCGUGAAUAUUACAUAUACAAAUAUUUCAACGUUUAAAGUAAUUUCGAAAUGAAAAUGGAACAAUGGACAUCGCCUAACGGACAAGUUUCCAGUGUUUCAAGUUCCGUCAUCAACCCUUGCAUAUCACUCUCAAAUCCCAUAGCGGGGAACAACACACACGAUGCUGAAAAACGACUGCAAAAAAUGGAAUGCACUUCAACGUCCAUCAGCUUACGCCCGAUUCCGGCACUUUUGGACAACCCCGUAUCAAGUUGGCACCCCGUGAAAACUCAGUCAUAUUCUAACAAUAAAAUUGAUUUAGAUGAGUUGUUUAGUGCUAACUCUUCCAACAGUUGUUUGCCAAAACCACGCAAUAACCAAUCAGAAAAAUCGACAUGGUGGGAUGAAGAUCAACAUCAACGAUUGAACAACAUUAGUAACAACAACAACACAGGAUCAAAAAUUAGAGAUUCCGUACGAUCCGAAAAUCAUUGGACCCCAGCAAGAAGAACAAGUCAUAAAAUCCACCAAGAUGAUGGUUUUCCAGCAAAUUGGUCAAUGAGAGAUUCCCGAUCUACUGAAUAUAGCACUGAAAAUGACGUUCCCUUUGGAACAUGGUACGAAGGUGGCGAUUAUGAAGCUGACAUUCUGCGAGCGGCAGCUUCCAUGGCUUCCGUUGGAAAUGAAAGAACCGAAUCUACCAUUUUUCGAGAGUACGGUACAAAUAUCACUGCUGUUACAAUGCCGGACGAGGAGUUUACUUCUAGUCCGAACCGUGACCAAAACCUUACCUAUUCUAACCUCAGUGUUCCAAGCGCAGGCAAGCGACGACUACCUCCAAUAUCUCUCUUAGCAAACAAACCUGAAGCAUCUGUGUCUAGCUCGUCUAUGUCUCCUGUCUCGUGCUCAAGUUAUUCACCAGGUAACCCCCUUCCAAACGCAGACCACUCAGGUUGUGAGCAAUAUUCACAAAACAACCAAUCUUACUACGAUAUAUCUGACCCCACAUACCAGGUACAAAGCAAUUUUAAUUGUUUCAAUAAUUCGUACGAAAUGGCGGAAAAUAAUGACUUUAUACCGCCAGAAGCUCAUAAUUUGGCAAGUACACAGCAAACCUUUGACAGCAAUGUGAAUCACAACUCGGAACCAAUUCACAGACUGAAGGCGACGAGGCAUAAAAUGACACAAAGAAGAUUACUGAACACUUUGUAUCAAAAGAAGGCCACGAAUAGCCUAGCCUCGGAUUCGUGUAAGCUCGAAUCUAGAAAACGUAAAUCAACAGAAGUCCAUUCCACCCCUGCUGCUAGCAAAAUAGAACCAGAACAAGACACCGAAGAAUUUCGAACAAAGAAGAGAUUAGAGAGCAACGAACGAGAAAGGAUGCGCAUGCACCAGCUCAACGAUGCGUUUCAGGGUUUGCGUGACAUUUGCCCACAUGUAAAAAACGGCCGCAAAUUGUCAAAAAUUGAAACCCUAACUUUGGCUCGAAACUACAUCAUUUCACUCACAGAAAUGCUUGUCAGUGUUGAAGAGAACUCAAAGCAAAAAGGAGAGAGGUCAACGCAGGGUAUAGCGUUGAAUUCAAAUAAAGAUAUGUUCGAUAUCUCCAUGAAGCAUGAAAACAGCUCACUGUCCCCGGCAUCUGCAAGUGGAGUUGCGUCCGAACCAGUAAGACCCCAGUUGCGGCGAUCAAAUUCAACACCAUCUAAGCAAGAUAAAGGAAACAAAAAAGUAACGCAGAUGCAUCAAUCGAUUUCAGAUUUGGUCGAGACUUCGUUGGGCACCUCCAUCGAACACAUGACAGCAGACUGUUCUCAAACAUCUAGUGAGAAUCACUACCUAUAUGGCUCUAACAAUACUAUUAUCAGCCACGAUUUUGAAUCUAUGUUUGAAUUGAAUGACAGCCGUGAAAUAUUUUCCACGUAAGAAAAGACUGAUUAUUCUAACUAAAGAUUUGCCGGUAUACUGAGACUUUGAUCGUUGCCAAUUCUAGGUUUUUUGUCUUUGUGUCAAUAUUUUAUACAAACGUUUAUAAUUAUAUUUCCAUAACAUUUGAUCCGUUCCGGUUAGCCGGUUUUAUGUAGCAGCGAAAAAAUGCAAUAUCAGUCAAAGUCAGUCUUUCUCUACCGACAGCAUCAGAAAGGCAAAUUUCUCGCCAAUUCAAACAUAUUAACUAAAUAACUAGUUUUCCAAUGAGAUGUUUUGCACCUUAGCUUUGAACAGGGGCUUGGAUACUGCCACGAAGACAGAUGCAAUGCUUCUUAAAAAACGAAGCAUUUUGUUUCAAAUAUUUAUUAUAUCAUGAGUGAAGAGGUGGACAAUGGAUUCAAACCCGUCAGGUAUAAGCUGGGGCAACAAGCUUAUAUGGCAACCCCUUUUUUCGGUCCAAUUUACUUAUUUUAUCAUAUCUAUUUUAUUUAGUGAACAAUCAUGUUAGGUGCAAUCUAGCACAAUAUGCGUACUUUAAGUGUUGAAUUUAAUUGAAUCUAGCAAAUAUUUUCAAUUUGAUCGUUGUUGCCAAACCGCGAUUGUGCCUAAUUUUUUUUCUGGGGCAGCAAUAGUAUGCUAUAUUAUAUGUCUUUUAUUAAAUCUCAUGCAAAGAAAUACAUUUCAAUAAAAUCGUUCCAUUGCA